CGCAGCCAGAAAAUGGCGGAUGUUGAGGAGUUACGGGUAGGCGAAAGUGUUCUGAUAGCUGGCCGCUGCUUUGCACUUGUCGGAGUUUUUAAAAGUUUUCUUUGCUAGGUUUGACCUGUUAUCGUUUUAUUUCUUUAUAAACAACCCAAAAACAGUCAAUUAGCAUCGUUUUAUCGCCCAAGGAGCGUCGAUAUGUUGUUUUUUUCGCAGUCGGUAGGCCAGAGAGUCGACACUAUGAAGCCCGGACCUGUUCUAAACUGCUAGCACUAGCCGCCUAGCCUGCUAGCUUCCAGCUGCUUCGCUAGCUAUCAAGAAUAUGAUAUCAAGUUUCCGCGUCUCGGAGCUCCAGGUACUGCUAGGUUUUGCCGAAAGGAACAAGAGUGGUCGCAAAGAUGAACUUCUGCUGAGAGCUUUGCAUUUGCUAAAGAGUGACUGUAGCCCUGCCGUGCAGCUCAAAAUCAAGGACCUCUAUCGCCGGAGAUACCCGAGGACAUUAGACAGUCUUGCAGAGCUGUCUGCUCUAAAGUCAAGCAUAAAUUCAUACCUAGACUCUGAAGAGAGCUCACCAGUUGUGAGCCUGGACCUUUCUUUUGGUGCUAGUACGUCAGACUUGCCUCGUCAUCAUCAGCACUUGGUGCCUGUUAACUCGGCUGCGUUACAUGACCCAAAGCCCAGGAUGAACAUGCAGCAGCCGACACCACUCAUGCCUCCCGUCCACCCGGACGUCCAGAUGAAGUCUCUGCCGUUUUAUGACGUGUUGGACGUUUUGAUUAAACCAUCAAGUUUAGGAGCCAGUCCUGUUCAGAGGUUCCAUCAAGAAAAAUACUUUAUUUUUGCCUUGACCCCACAGCAAGUGCGGGAAGUUUGCAUUUCACGGGAUUUUCGUCCUGGUGGCAGAAGAGAUUAUAUGGUUCAAAUACAACUCCGCUUCUGCCUUUCAGAGACUAGCUGCCCUCAAGAGGACAACUAUCCCAAUAGUCUUUGCAUCAAAGUCAAUGGGAAGCUCUUUCCUCUCCCAGGCUAUGCGCCGCCCCCUAAAAAUGGUGUUGAGCAGAAGAGACCAGGCAGACCUUUGAACAUCACAUCUCUUGUCAGACUAUCCUCCGCGGUCCCCAAUCAGAUAUCAGUUACGUGGGCGCCUGAAAUUGGAAAGACUUACUCCAUGUCUGUGUAUUUGGUGCGGCAGCUGACAUCACCGUUGUUACUACAGAGAUUAAGAAUGAAGGGAAUCAGGAACCCCGACCACUCGAGAGCACUUAUAAAAGAAAAGCUCACCGCAGAUCCCGACAGUGAAAUAGCGACAACCAGCUUGCGAGUCUCACUCAUGUGCCCACUUGGAAAGAUGCGCCUUACGGUGCCGUGUCGAGCCGUGACCUGCUCUCAUCUCCAGUGUUUCGACGCCGCACUCUACCUUCAGAUGAACGAGAAAAAGCCCACCUGGAUCUGCCCUGUGUGUGACAAGAAAGCAGCAUACGAGAGUCUAAUCAUUGAUGGGCUCUUUAUGGAAAUAUUAAAUGACUGCACAGAUGUGGACGAAAUCAAGUUCCAAGAGGACGGGACCUGGUGCCCAAUGAGACCAAAGAAGGAGACGCUGAAAGUUUCAUCUCCAUGUUUACCCAAAAUUGAGUACCCAGCCCCUUUGCGUCCGAGUGCAGUCGUUCCUCACUCAGAGCCCAGCAGUACAAAAAAAGCUGAUGUGAUUGACCUGACGCUGGAAAGCUCAUCAGACGAAGAAGCCGAACCAGACCCUCCCUUGAAAAAGCGGCGUUUGUACAUGUCAAAAUCUGAGGAGAUGCAUAGCAGCAAAGGUGUUUUGACCUAUCAGCCAUCACCGGUUCGAAUGCCAAAUGUACAGCCUCUGGACCCUUCCUACUUGACUUCCUCAAUUGCAGACUAUACAGUUCCAUUCCACCAUACAACACUGUCCACGAUUCCCACUGAUAUGUCAGGUCUUGACUUAUUUUCGUUACUUCAAGCAGACCCCCAGCCUUACCGGACCCCUGUGUUCCUGGAGAAUCUGUCCAGCAGCAUUCAGAGUGGCACCAGCAGCUCUAGUCUCAUGGCCUCAUCUGUCCAGUACGAUUCAACUUCACAUCGAGGAAGCUCCAGCCACGAAACAGGUGUCAUCACCAGCGGAUCCUCAUCACUUUCAGACAUUAUCUCGCUAGAUUAAGUCACAGUUUCAGUAUCCCUAGUCAUCAGGCAAACUGCCACGGGCUGUGUCUAAAAAUAAACUCUUCAAUUUCAGUUCAAUAUUAUUUACUAAUAUGGUAGCUAAUAUGCACAUGGAAAACAAGGUUAGUUGCAAUCUAAUGAUAUUCAGAAACCUCUCAAUGUCUGUCUGCAUUUCUAAGGCAGUCUUUUUAAUAGUGACUGAUACCCAUUGCCUUCUUGCCUGGGAGAACUCAACAAACAAUUCAUCAAGCAGAGGAACUGGGAACUUUAGACACAUUGGGACUAGUUUAUGGACCCGCGUGUAUUUGUAUGUGAACCUUGUAUCCUCUUUUUACUAUUUAAGCCGCAUUUUUUUAAUCAAUCACCUCAAACCUCAACGAUGACCUUUAUUAUUUGGAAAAAUCAGGAGUGUACAUAAUUUUUAUAUUGAGUGGCAAGCAUACAACUCAGUAUCUGUUUCAGUGAAUUUGUUUUAUUGCAUAAUGUUUGGGUCACAAUGUUGUGCUGCAGUGAGUUUGUAGAUUUGGUUGUUUUGGGCUAUUCAGGUUGGUGGAGACAUAAUCAAGCCAUGAUGCAAUGACAUUGUGUGUGUAUUUACACACAUUUUACCCCCCCCCCCCCUUUCCUGAGUUUUGUGAAACUUCUGUACUAUUUUAUACCACUUAGACAUUUUUAAAGAGAAAAAAAAGGUGCUGCAUAAGCUGGUUUCACAGCAAUGCUUAGACCUGAAAGUCAAAAUAGUCAAAUCAGGGCUCUUAGCCCAGGGGGAUACACUGUGAAACAGGUUUCCUGGUUGGGUUCAACGCCAGCGUGACACUUGCCACCAAAUUGCUAAUUGUUCUCUAUCUUCGUGCAUUUGAUUUUGGUUUUCUGAAUUCAGCUGAUGAUUUUUUUUUAUUUGUUUGUUUUGUUUGUGUUCCAAGGUGUACACCAACAUAUAAAGCGCUAGCAGGCCAGGUCCUAUUAAACACAGAAAUUUCUGCCACCAGCUUCAACUGGAAACCAAGUCAUGGUUUCUGCUGGCACUUUUAAUUCACUUAGAUGCAACCUAAAAAUGUACUUUACUUUUAAAAAUGGCUUCAUGCUGAAACUCCCGUGUGUUCUAAGAAAUAAGUUAUCUAUGCUUUCUAAUAUGUAAUAAAGCACAUGAUCACUUUUUUUAGGGCAUUUCAUUGUAGCUUGACCAAAAUGCUGAACUUAAGUCAACCAAGCGAUGGAGUGCAAAUCUAAACACUAAGAAAGGAAGCAAAUUACUCAAGUGAGUCUUAAAAAAAUAGCUAAAGCGCACUGAGAUUUGCCUGUAUGUGCUGUGGAUGUCCACCAAGAUAUCACCAGUAUCUUUUCACUGCCUUUAGGCUUAGAGAAGUUGAGAAAAUGCCACCUGUAUACCACCAAACUGUAUAAAUUCAAGGAAACUGUAUAAUAAGCACAACUGUAGCAAGUGACUUGCCUACUUGUUCAUAUAUGCUAUUUUAAAAGCCAAGAAGCUCCUGAGUGCAAAACCAGUUCCAUCUUUGCUGUGAGUUCAAAACUUUCCCAGCAUAAUCUAAGACAUAAGACUAUUAUUAAUCUAAUACAGUGGUGGUAAUAGUGGGUUGAAAUCCACCUGAUUUUCAAGUCUGAACAAAAGUAACCUGGUUUUAGAGUAGAAGAUGGCACAAAUUUUUCAAAAGCAUUAAAUGUGUGUUUUCAAAAAGUUAAACAUAUUUUCCAUUUUUUUUUUCUUUUACUUGAAAUGCUUAGAUAGAAGAAUUAAUCUCCUUUUAAAACUGAUGAAUUCUACCGUAUAAGCCAUAUUUCGUUUUAGGAUUUCAUUUGUGGGCUUAGCUCUGCUAUCUGCAAGCCUCAGCCGAAUUUAUGUAACUUUUUGUUUUUUUCCCCUCCUAAUUCACUUCUUGUUAAUUUUUUACAACAUUUGCGCUUUUGUAUUUAUUUAAAUAACUGGUUAUUGUAUUAGAAAUUAUAGUAACCGAUCCUCGUACUUGCGUUUUGACUUUUGUGUCAGAUUUGGAUGGUGUCAAUGAAGAGAACUGAUGGGUGCAAUUCCAUAUAGUUAUUUAUAAUAUGUAUUGAUUUCAAAUGAUUGUACUCCAAAUGCUUAUUUUUGACUCGAAUUGUGCCAUUUAAACAUAUGCAGCAAAACACAGUAAAUGAUGUCUAUGAUGUCUAUCUGAA